AUGGAUCCCCUGGGCUGCAUGGAGCAGCGUGAGGAUAAGAAGGCCAAGAGCCCAAAUGGAGAGCCUGCGCCGUGGCAAGCCCUUCCGGUUCUGUCCGAGCAGCAGUCCAGGGACGUGGAGCUGGUGCUGGCCUACGCCGCACCCAUCCUCGACAAGCGCCAGACUUCACGUCUCCUCAAGGAGGUGUCGGCUGUCCACCCACUGCCUGCACAGCCUCACCUGAAAAGGGUUCGCCCGAGCCGCGAUGCUAGCCGUCCACACGUGCCGGAGAUGCUGCUGUGCCUGGCAGGGCCAGUGGCGGGCACUCGAUCGCUGGCUGAGCUCCUCCCACAUCCGGCAGUGGAUCCCCGAGGCCUGGGACAGCCCUUCCUGGUGCCUGUGCCUGCCUGGCCACCCCUGACCAAGGGCCAGUUUGAGGAGGCGCGUGCCCAUUGGCCCACAUCCUUCCAUGAGGACAAGCACGUGACCCGUGCCCUGGCUGGGCAACUUUUCUCAGCACAGGAGCAGGCUGAGAUGCAGGGCCACAUGGAGCGCGCUGUACGGGUGGCACAGCAAGCGGCCGCCAAGGGCCUGAGGGCUGUCGGGGCUGUGGUAGUGGACCCAGCCUCAGGCCGGGUCCUGGCCACGGGCCAUGACUGUAGCAGCUCAGCCAGCCCCCUGCUGCAUGCCACCAUGGUGUGCAUUGACUUGGUGGCCCAGGGCCAGGGUCAAGGCACCUAUGACCUCAGGCCCCACCCUGCCUGUUCCUUCACCCCAGCCUCGGCCUCCCAGGAUGUCCAGGCCAUCUCUGUGCACACACUGGAAAAGGAUGUGGACACGGAUGAUAACGGCCUCCCCUAUGUGUGUACUGGCUACGACCUCUACAUUACCCGCGAGCCCUGUGCCAUGUGCGCCAUGGCCCUGGUGCACUCCCGCGUGCAGCGAGUCUUCUAUGGGGCACCCUCUCCUGAUGGUGCCCUGGGCACCCGCUUCCGCAUCCACGCGCGACCUGACCUCAACCACCGUUUCCAGGUGUUCCGGGGUGUGCUGGAGGCCCAGUGCCGCCAGCUGGACCCGGACACGUAG